UUUUUUUUGAAGCAUUCUCUCCCUCCCUCUCUUCUCUGUUGCUUUUUGCUGCUCGGAGCCUUUUUUUCUCCGGCAAUUGCCGGCGACGACGACCAUUUCCCGCCGAUUCUAUGUCCAUAUUCGGGACGAACAUUAGAUAGAUUCACCCUUGCACUUUGAAUCAAGUCCAUAAAUUGAAACAAGUUUGUCAAGGAGCAUGCUUAACACCAAUCUCUAAUACUAUAUGCUCUGGCUACAGUAAAUGAGUGUUGCUACUUGAUUGAGCCCAUGCCUGCUACACCUAUGAAGAAGAGUGCUACCCGUGGUGGGAUUGGGAAUGUAUUCAACAAAUUAACAAGCAAAAUUGGAGAUCCCGUUGACUUUGAACUUCCAGAUUGGUUGAGUAAAUGGCAACCCACUCCCUAUCCCUAUACCUCUAUAAGACGAAAUAUAUACCUCACCAAUAAGGGUAAGCGGCGGCUAGAAGAUGAUGGCAUAUCUUGUACCUGCAGUUCAACAGCAGAAUCUUCGGACGUGUGUGGCAUGGAUUGCCUUUGUAGCAUGCUAUGGUCUAGCUGCACCUCGGGAUGUAAAUGUGGGAGUUCUUGUCUGAAUAAGCCAUUCCAUCAACGUCCUGUGAAGAAGAUGAAAAUAGUGAAGACUGAGAAAUGUGGCACUGGGAUUGUGGCAGAUGAAGAUAUCAAGACAAAAGAGUUUGUUGUAGAGUAUGUUGGAGAAGUUAUUGAUGACAAGACAUGUGAAGAGCGACUUUGGAAAUUGAAGCACAGUGGGGAAACAAAUUUUUACUUGUGUGAGAUCAAUAGGGAUAUGGUGAUUGAUGCCACUUAUAAGGGAAACAAAUCCAGAUACAUUAAUCAUAGCUGUUGUCCAAAUACUGAGAUGCAGAGAUGGAUGAUUGAUGGUGAGAAUAGAAUUGGCAUAUUUGCGACGCGUGACAUUAAAAGGGGCGAGCAUCUGACCUACGAUUAUCAGUUUGUUCAAUUUGGUGCAGAUCAAGAUUGUCACUGUGGUGCUAUAAAUUGCAAGCGAAAGCUGGGAAUCAGACCUAACAAACUAAAACUUCCUUCUUCAGAUGCUGCUGCACUAAAGCUAGUGGCAUGCCAGGUAGCUGCGCCCUUUCCCAAAGAGAAAGUACUGCUAUCUGCAAAACAUGAUUCUCAAACUGAAGUUCCCCCAAAAGGAAAUUGGAGUAUUGACUCUGCUCGGAAAAUCCAGCAUCCUCGGAAUUGCACAGGUCAAAUUAUAAGAAUAAUUCGCUCUUUUGACCAGAGUCCUGUUGAUUCACUGGAGUCUCGAAUACCUGAUGUUUCCAGUUCCUUUGGAAUCAUAAAACAGUUUGACAGAAUCACCAAAAAACAUUUGAUCAUGUUUGAAGACGGUAGUGCUGAGCACCUUGACUUGUCAAAAGAAGAUUGGCGAUUUUGUAACUUUGCUUAAUCAGGUCUUAAACUGUCGAAAUAAAGUUAUACAUGAUUCAACCUCAGUAGCUGAUACGCGAUAUAUUCUUAACAGUCCAAAAUUGCAAAGUAUCCUCUGCCUUUACUCCUGCUGUACCAAAUGUGCAAAGUUUCAUUUUAACAUAUUCUUUCGAGUUUCGGGUGAUAAUGUCAGUUCACUCUUCUUUAUACUGGAGAGGGAAGUUCUGAUGAUUCUUUCUGAUGCAUUAGCACAACAAAUGUAACAAUAGUUCACCUUGUUCCAAUUAUAUCGGAUGUCCCCUGAGAAACGAGUUGACUCUGUGAAUCAUAAUUUAUUUACUAGUCGUAAAGAAGGGAUUUGUUAGCUCUCGAUUUUCUUGUGUAGUGAGGAUUCAAAUAGUCGAUCCCAACUUGUUUGGGAUUGUGGUGUAGUCCUUGUUGUGUUCUUAUUCAAUGCACUCUUUUGGCCUCCAAAAGAAUAUUUGGUUUCACAAUUUCUUUAACUUGCAAAGUUAUAUAGUUCA